GUCUCCGGCCCCUCCCAAAGACCAUGCCACAGUCUCGCUGAACCAGGAGCUGGGGCCUGAAGGGCAGGGUGCCUGGAAUGGGCUGUGUGUUCUGCAAGAAGGUGGAGCUGGGGGCCAAGGAGGAUGCUGAUCUAGGAGACUUCACAGGCUAUGGGGCCUCGGACCGCUAUGGCCCAGACCCCACUCAGGCCCGGUCUGCAUCCUCCUCUGCCCAUGUCCCCAACUACAACUUCUCACCUCCACCUACCAGCCCCGCCUUCCUGGAUGUUGGUACCAUCAGGGGCAUCUCAGGGACUGGGGUGACCCUGUUCAUCGCCCUGUAUGACUAUGAGGCCCGGACAGAGGAGGACCUCACCUUCACCAAGGGCGAGAAGUUCCACAUCCUGAAUAAUACUGAAGGUGACUGGUGGGAGGCUCGUUCCCUUGUUUCCGGACAGACUGGCUACAUUCCCAGCAACUACGUGGCCCCUGUGGACUCCAUCCAAGCUGAAGAGUGGUACUUCGGAAAGAUUGGGCGGAAGGAUGCAGAGAGACAGCUGCUUUCUUCAGGCAAUCCUCGGGGGGCCUUUCUCAUUCGGGAGAGUGAGACCACCAAAGGCGCCUACUCCCUGUCCAUCCGAGACUGGGAUGAGAACAAAGGCGACCACAUAAAGCAUUACAAGAUCCGCAAGCUGGACACUGGCGGCUACUACAUAACCACGCGGGCCCAAUUCGACACAGUACAGGAGCUGGUGCAGCACUAUGUUGAAGUGAACGAUGGACUGUGUCACCUGCUCACAGCGGCCUGUACCACCAUGAAGCCCCAGACACUGGGCUUGGCCAAGGACGCCUGGGAAAUCAGCCGCAGCUCCAUUGCUCUCGAGCGCCGGCUGGGUACCGGAUGCUUUGGGGAUGUGUGGUUGGGCACGUGGAAUGGCAGCACUAAAGUGGCAGUGAAGACUCUGAAGCCCGGCACCAUGUCCCCGAAGGCCUUCCUGGAGGAGGCGCAGAUCAUGAAGCUACUGCGGCACGACAAGCUGGUGCAGCUGUACGCGGUGGUGUCAGAGGAGCCCAUCUACAUCGUCACCGAGUUCAUGUGCUACGGUAGCUUGCUGGAAUUCCUCAAGGACCAGGAAGGCCAGAAUUUGAAGCUGCCACACCUGGUGGACAUGGCAGCCCAGAUAGCAGAGGGCAUGGCCUACAUGGAACGCAUGAACUAUAUCCACCGGGACUUGAGGGCAGCCAACAUCCUGGUUGGGGAGCGUCUGGUGUGCAAGAUUGCUGACUUUGGGCUGGCCCGCCUCAUCGAGGAUGAUGAGUACAACCCCCGGCAAGGGGCCAAGUUCCCCAUCAAGUGGACAGCCCCAGAGGCUGCCCUGUAUGGCAGAUUCACCAUCAAGUCAGACGUGUGGUCCUUUGGGAUCCUGCUCACUGAACUCAUCAGCAAGGGCCGAGUACCCUACCCAGGCAUGAAUAACCGGGAAGUACUGGAACAAGUGGAGCAUGGCUACCACAUGCCAUGCCCUCACGGCUGCCCAGUGUCCCUGUAUGAGGCCAUGGAGCAGACCUGGCGUCUGGACCCCGAGGAGAGACCUACCUUUGAGUACCUGCAGUCCUUCCUGGAGGACUACUUCACCUCCACAGAACCCCAGUACCAGCCUGGAGAUCAGACAUAG